CCGCGCGCGCAGCCUUCCUCCAUUGUUCGUGCAUUUCACCGUCGUGGGAACACCUCUCGUGCUUUACCCGCGCACACGACCACGGGAACUAAUACGUUACAGUCGAUUAUGUGAUACGGUGAAACUGUGCCCAACUGUUAUCUAGUGAUGAUAAAGACAGUGAUAUAAAUUAACGGAUGAAAUGGCGGUGGCAUUGAUAAUCACAGUACUAGUUGCCACUAUUGCUGAAUACACAUGUGAGCCCGCAAAUGGUUUUACGAACAAAGUGUACAAUAAUGGCAACGGAGGCGCUCAUUACGACGAUUUGUUGAAGCCGCCACCGCCGCCGCUCCUGCCCGUGAUACCCGUGCCAUUCCACGGCGGGAACCAGCAUGGUAUAUCCCAACGACAGAACUUCGACAACGGAUAUCACUACCAGCCCCCACCGCAAGCACCCCCGCCCUCGCCAGCACCGAUAUCCGGCGAGUUCAAAUUUCCAGCACCGUUUUACAAGCAGUACAAUUUCAACUUCGUCCCCCCGCCCCAACCGUUCACGACGACGCCUUCGCCCUCCAUGUUCCAGAAAUUCUCGAAUUGGCUCUUCCCACAAAACUCGUACGAUCAGCAGUCUGAGGUGAUCAGCAAUUACAAUGCGGCGACUUUCAAGAAAGAUUGUAAUCCGUGCAAUAACGUGCCUUGGAUACCGGUGAUAAGAUACGAUUUAGCACCUAAAAAUCUUCGACAAAAUAACAACAAUAAUGCUCUUCCGACGUACGGUCCUCCGAGCCCUACAGCAUCAAAACAUAUAUUUGACGCCGUACAAAACGUACCACAGCCUUUUAGUAAUCAACAUUUGGAGUUAAAUGGAAAUCAACAAAGUAACAACCACUUUCAAAAUUACGGACCUCCAAAGAUAUCCCAAGUUGUUUCGACGUACGGACCACCGAGCCCGACGCACGUAGUCGACAUUUCUCAAUCCCAUCCCCUGAGUUCUCCGUAUGCUGUGACUAGCAAUCCGAUUUCAAAUUUCCCAUACAAUUUUCAUACGACAACAUUGAAACCUAUAUUUAACCAUCCGGCGUCAUACGCUUUAUCUAGUUCGACAUUCGGGCUGCCCGCUUCUACUAUUUCCACGCCUUUUGCCCAGUACGAUAGUAACUUUUUGACUACUACUGCCUCACCGAUUAUAACAAGACCCCCCGUACAAUUUAAUCAACAUUUUCCGCAAAGUAAUGAUGUCGAAGUGUUCGGACAAAACAUACCAUCUCAAGAAUUACAAUUACCAAAAGUUACUCGUCCAACUGGAUUCAGAAAUUCGUAUGGUGAACCCAUCGAUAACACGUUUGCACUAAAUAUACCAUAUUCCGCUACUGCUACUGGUGCCGAAUCUUCAAAAGUAAAGACUGAAGUUUUACCUGAUAAUGCAUUACAAUCGCACUUGGACAAUAUGAGCUUGGCCUUAGCAAACCCGGCUCCAUUCACCCUUAACAGGGGUAGAAAUAUACAUACUUUACAGCCUGUUGCGCUUCCAAAUCUAAGUAUCUCGCCAUUACCACCAAUAUUUAACGCAAGACCAUUUCGACCAACGCCGCCAAAAUAUUUUGGCAAUAUUUUAUAUGGCUCAAACCAAAAGCAAUCAGAUUCACAAGUAAACAUAGCGCAGAGUGUACCACUUGCAGAAUAUACACACUCUAUAGAGUAUCCUACAACUUUUAUACAAUCACCGGUUAUUGAUAUAGAUAGAUUUAAAAACUCCGAAAAUCAAACUAAAGUCUAUCGUAAUAUUCAAAACAGCUACGUCAUCGAUGAAAGUCGUGAUAUAUUUCCCCAAGCAUCAGAUCACCAUGUAUCUGCGGCAAAGACAAAUCCAGAUUCUAGUUUUGAAAGCGUAGACAUUGGCAACGAAUUAUAUGAUGAAAGCAUUCAAUCUAAAGGAUCACUUAAUAAGAAUAUUCCACCUAAUCAUAAGCCCGAUUUUGCAGAUUUACGUGGUGUUAAAGAUGAAGACGUAGACAAAUAUCGAACGGAGAGUAAUUUACAAAAUAUUGAUUCUCCUUUACUGUAUUUAAAACCAAGUGCACCUCAUAAGAAUUACGAAAACUUUUUCUCAUCGCCAUCAACACCGGGGAGGGAUAAAGAAUUUGAAAUAUAUGACGACACUCCAAUCACAACGCCAAGAUCUACUAUGUCUACAGCAAAUAUUUUGGAUAGUAGUAAAACAUACUUCAUGGAAGAGUCCUCUAUACCAACAGGACAACAUAGCAUAAAUCAUGCAAAAGUCGUCCAAAUUAUUGUUCCAUAUACAAUCAAUGAUAAAGAUUAUAGUGAAGAAUCUUUUUAUAAUCAACAAGAAUUUCAAGCUAGGAAGGUGCACACAGAGAAGAAUGUUAAUUAUGUGACAGUACCUACAGAAACGUAUAGUACUAUAAGAACGACUACAGAGGAACCUGUCUCUACAAUUACAGAUCAAUACAAUUCUGAACUCAUGAAUACGCCGGCAAUUUUAAAUGACUUUUAUGAUGUUAAAGAGCCACCAUUUGAUAUUGUAAAAUUACAGCACACAAUUGAUGAUUGGACUCAACAAGAAUAUUCAAGUACAAAAGAAGCUCAACGUGUUCGUUCCAAUGAAAAAUAUGCCAAACAGAUUCCAGACAAUUAUUUCACAACUGCUGCUCCGACUACGAUAUACGUAACAGAAGAAAAUAAUUACAACAAUUAUGAUUCCUAUGAUCAUGAAUUUUCAAGUAGCAAUCAAUUUGAAAUAACAGAUAAUAACACACAAGUUUUCUCUAAAAUAAGUAAAAGUUACAACAGUGUUGAAAAAACUAAGACAAAUUAUGACACUGCGAAAAAUGAUGAAGAAGAUGAAACAUUGCAUAUUUACACACCAUCAUCUACUUUUAGAACCACUACAACAACAUCUGCUCCCUGGGGAGGUAUACAAACAUCUAUAUCACCGUUAACUAACGAAAAAGUUUAUGUAGUAACCUCUAAACCAUGGAGAGAAAAACAAAGCGUUUUCAAUAAGACUAAAGAAUUCAAUAAGUUUGAGUCACAGAAGACAAGUUCUCAUAGUCAUAUUAUAUCGUCAUCAGAAGAAGUAGUUAUUAAGCCUCCUAAAUCUUUUCGUCGACCACUAGGUGGAUCUUAUCACAAAAAUGGUUUUAGACUUGGGGAUGGUAGAUUAAAUUCAACCAAGUUUGAUUCAUCGUACACAUAUUCUAAUGGAUGGCAUAGACGAAUAAAUAACUUGGGUGAUGAUGCACAAAAUGAGUAUUUUGAAGAGUUAGAAGAUGUGGCUGUUUCUCAAGAAAGAAAAACAAAUAAGACACAUACAACAAUCGAUAAUAAUGAAAAUAAUAAUUAAAGAAGACAAAUAUGGGGAAGUGCAAAAUAGUUUUAAAAAAGAAGACAAUAAAAAUAAUUAUCAGACUGAGAUUGUGUUAAAAGUGAGUGUAAUUUUAAGCCAAAAUAAUAAUUAUGAGCAAAUUGAAAAGGGCCUUUGUAAUGUUCUUUUUAAUUUG